UAAUGACGUAGCGAUAACUGUUACAAAUCUGAAAAGAGGCAUCGACCGGUGACAGCUCGAUUUUGUGGUGUUGUCGGAAUGGAUACCUCAAACUGUCGGAAUUCUCUAGGCUUCCUACUCCAAAUUUUGCUACUACUCUCCAGCAUAUGUGGGCUGGCCAUCGGCUCGGAACUCAGCUUUGUUACGUGCGGAUCAGUUAUUAAACUUUUGAAUGUAAAGCACAACGUCAGGCUGCACUCGCACGACGUUCGCUACGGGUCUGGCAGUGGGCAGCAGUCUGUGACGGGCGUCUCGGCGGUGGAGGACAGUAACAGCUACUGGAGCAUCCGAGGGACGAGCGGCGCCUCCUGCACUCGGGGAACGCCGGUCAAAUGCGGGCAGACGAUUCGCCUGACUCAUGUCAACACGGGCCGCAACCUGCACAGCCACUACUUUGCCUCGCCGCUGUCCUCCAAUCAGGAAGUGAGUGCGUUUGGAGAAGAAGGGGAGGGUGACCACCUUGACGAGUGGACAGUCCAGUGCGGCGGAUCCGUGUGGAAGCGCGAGGAAUCCGUCCGCUUCCGCCAUAAAUCCACUGACGGCCUGCUGUCCGUGACGGGGGAGCAGUACGGGCGGCCAAUCCACGGGCAGAUGGAGGUCCACGCCAUGUCGAAUCCCAGCCAGCACAGCUUGUGGAAGGUGAUGGAGGGCGUCUUCAUGAAGCCGAGCGAGAGCCCAGCAGGCGGCCGGGACUUCGCUCACACACACACGGAGUUCUGACUUUCCUCUAUUCAUCCUCAGCUACAUCUGUACCAGCAGCCACCUUCACUGUCCCAAAAUGUUUAAAUCUGUGGAUAAGAACCGUGAAAGAUCCAGCAGCCACACUCAGUUGGAAAAAAUUAGUAAAACAAACAAAUUUGAACCUUCCAUAUACCUUCCAUAUUUGUUGCGUUGGGUCCAGAUUAGGGUUUCUUCUCUGCUGUUGUUGUUACUCUGCAGCUCAGGAAGCCUUCUAGGUGAACAUAUUGUUACACUUGUGCCUUUAUCUGCCAUUAAAAGAAGUAGGUUUACAUUGCAGUGAAAGCAUUUUAUAUAUGAAUCUUUUAUGGCAUUUAGGCCACACACCUCCAGAUCAAAACUCAAACAGUAUUCCUGUCUAAAAUUACCCUUUUUUCUUAUAAAUUAUUCCACAUGCCAGAACAAACUUUGCUUAGGAUUGUUUUUUUCUUUAAUGAUGUUGUUACUUGUCAGUGUUCAAUUGGUUCUUAAGUCUCGGGAGAGUGCAGUGUUACUAACGCAGACGUUUUAUUACGACAUCAAACUGACAAUGAAUACCUCAUAAUAAAGAUUUUUUAUGCAAACAGUC